AUGCCUGUUGGAUAUCCUUGCCCUCGUCUUGUGGACGAUCUAAUUCCGUUCAUCCUCGAAAGCGACAACCAUUGGUGGAACCGAGAUCUCAAGCGACUCGCGCUCAUAUCGCCAGCAUGGCUUCUGUACGUCCGAAAGCGACUCUACGCACACCCUACCCUUCGGUCAUACCGAGCUUGCAUUCUACUCGCAAGAUCUCUCACCGAGAACGUAUGCCUGCUCCCGCUGUUACAAGGUAUCGAACUUCGACCAGGAGCUGGCGGGACUGCAAGGGAUGGGUUAACUGAGGAAGCCAUGGCCGGUCUCAGAUUCAUGUUCACCUUGAGUGGUCUUCGCUCUCUGACGCUGGGAGGGGAUUUGGCUGUUGGAGCUGAAAGGUUCCUCCACGCACUCAGCAACACGCAGUCCAUCGUGCGCCUCUCCAUUGACGGUGACCCCGUUGCCUGGAAUCCCGAAAGUUCGCAGUGUACACUAGAACCGCCUUCCCUCGAAUGGGACGAAGUAUUUGCCGCAAAGUUCAUGCGACUUCGCAGUCUCAGGCUGUCCAACCUCGAGCUAUCCCUUUUUGAAUCUGCGCCCUCUUGCCCUAGGCUCGCCGAGCUAUCACUGCACAAUGUACAAAUUGUGCAGGGCGCAUUGUCAGACCUCUGUCGUGAUUCUGGUGAUGCUCUGCGUACACUGAGCGUGACGAGCAGUCAGCCAGAAUUAACCAUAGGUGAUGAUGUAGGCGAGUUGCUCGAUUCUUGCUCAAAUAUCGAGAACCUGCGUCUCGAAGUUUCAGAGGGGCCAGGUUCUGAGGUAUUCCUUGGGGACGAUUUUCCUGAUUGUCCCGCCAUCCGUCAACUGUGUCUAUCAGGGCUUUCUGUCAACGCCCAAACGCUUGAAUUCAUCGGUCAGUCUUGCAAGAACAUCGAGCUACUCGCUGUGUUGGGACGUCAUGUUCGCAUCACCCCCGAUGAUUGGAUAACAUUCCUCGCUUCUGCGGCUCUUCCUUCACUGCGAGAGCUCGCGACACCGUCCGGUACCGACCAUCCCCCAUUCACGUAUUGGUCUAGGGCCAUGCACGCACAGGUACAGCGGGCGUGUGGCUACCGGAAAGUCGCACUUUCAUCCAGCGUUUGUCUGCUAUGUGCGUGGUAUUCGUCGUCAUUAACCGCGUUUAAUUGA